AUGGACUUCAACGGCAGAGAGAUCAAACCGCAGAUGAAUUUCUAUCUGAGUUCACUUGAAGAACAAGCGCGGUGUGAGCUGAAGGACAGCGAGGCGAGGCUCACCCAGAGUGAAUCCGAGGGAAGAGUCCAGCUGAUCGUCAGAGAGGACUUGCUGGCCGAUGUCCUCGAUCAGCUCCAACAGCAGAGAGAGGGCAGCAGUUGGAGGCGUGAGAAAGAGCUGAUGCAGAGGGAGAUGAGCGACCUGAAAGUUCAGCUGGCUGAACGUGUCCCCUCCCCACCCAGGGAAUCAGAGUUUCUGAAAUCCCAGCUGGGAAGAAUCAGCAGCAGGCUCAGAAAAGCCCAGAAAGACCUCGAACUUCACUACUUCAUGACUGAGGACCUGAAAGUGGAAUUGGAGAAGACGAAGGGAGAGAAGGAGGCCCUUGAAACCAGUGUGGAGACUCUGAAGACGGAACUUGGUGAAGAGAGACAGACGCUCGCGGUUGGUAAGACCACCAACGUGAUGUUGGAGAGCAGUCUGGAGAGUGAGAGGGCUCGAGCUCAGGAGCUGAAGGACAAACUGAGCAAGAUGGAGGAAGCUCUCCAACAACAAGAGGAGGCGACAAAGGAGGUACUGGAAAGAUCCCAGGCUUCCCACAGAGCCCAGCUGGAUGAGGCUCUGCAGAGAGCCUCGUCCCAGCUGGGAAUAAUCUCCAACAGGCUGCGAAAAGCCCUGAAAGAUCUCGACCUGCAGUACUUCACGACUGAAGACCUGAAAGUCGACUUGGCGAAGACGAAGGGAGAGAAGGAGAGCCUUAAACAUAAUGUGGAGACUCUGAAGAAGGAACUUGGUAAGGAAAGACAGAUGCUCACGGUAAGUAAGACCAACGUGGAGGUAGAGUUGGAGAGCUAUCUGGAGAGUGAGAGGGCUCGAGCUCACGAGCUGAAGGAGAAACUGAGCGAGAUGGAGGAAGCUCUCCGAAAGCAGGACGAGGGAAAGACAAUACUGGAAAGAUCCCAGGCUUCCCUUAGAGCCCAGCUGGAGAUGCAGGACAAAGACAGCAAGGACCUCAUGGCUGCUCUGGAGAUGAAGUGUGAACAUGAGCUGGAGAGUGAGCGUGUGCUGUGGCAGCAGGAGAAAAGCUCCCUGCUGGAGGAGAGAGAGAGAACCAGAGCGUCCUGUGUGGCUCAGAGUGAGCGGCAGAGCUUUGGGAGUGACUGUCUCCUGGCUGCUCUGAGGAAGGCUGAGCAGCAGCUGGAGAGUCAGCUCCAGGAGUGGAAGGAGGACAAGUCAUCCCUCCUGCAGGCCACAGAGAGACUGAAGCUGAGUCAACAGGAAAAGGAGCAGGAGUGGGAGAGGACCGAGAGCACCCUGAGGUCCCAGCUGGUAGACCUGGAGAGCCAGAUCACGGAAAAGCCAAAGAAGAAGAAGAGGUGGUAUAGAAGGCUUUUCUCUGGCUGAGGUAAAGAACAUGUAUUGUUACUUCUACAGUGUGUGUGUGUGUGUGU